AUGGAACCGUACACGCUCCCUGGAGCCCAGCUCUCCCUGUCCGACCUCUACUCCGUCAUCCCCUUCAAUGUCACCUUCCCGGACGAGGAUCGCGGCUCGAUGGGCGACAGGCUGCAAAACUACACGGAGCAGGAGCGUCCGGUGCGGAGUGCCGCGGGUAUAAUCAUCGCCAUCUCCAUCACGGCUCUCUACUCCGUCAUUUGCGUGGUGGGACUUCUGGGCAACAUCCUCGUAAUGUACGGAGUGGUCAGAUACACCAAGAUGAAGACAGCCACGAACAUCUACAUCUUCAACCUGGCGCUUGCCGACGCCUUGGCCACCAGCACGCUGCCCUUCCAGAGCGCCAAAUACCUCAUGAACACCUGGCCUUUCGGGGAGGUCCUGUGCAAGCUCAUUAUUGCCAUAGACUACUACAACAUGUUCACAAGCAUCUUCACCCUCACCAUGAUGAGCGUGGACCGCUACAUCGCCGUGUGCCACCCCGUCAGGGCGCUGGAGUUUCGGACACCGGUCAAGGCUAAGUUGAUCAACGUGCUCAUCUGGGUUGUGUCCUCUGCGAUCGGGGUGCCCAUUAUGAUCAUGGCUGUGACCAAAGUCUCAGACAAUGGUAAAACCAUGUGCAUGCUGAAGUUCCCUGAUCCUGACUGGUACUGGGACACAGUGACAAAGAUCUGCGUCUUCAUCUUUGCGUUUGUGGUUCCUGUGAUGGUCAUCACCAUAUGUUACGGCCUAAUGAUCCUGCGUCUGAGAAGCGUUCGUCUGCUCUCGGGAUCCAAGGAGAAAGACCGCAACAUGCGCCGCAUCACCCGCAUGGUGCUGGUGGUGGUGGCGGCCUUCAUCAUCUGCUGGACCCCCAUCCACAUUUUCAUCAUCGUGAAGACCAUGGUGGAGAUCGACAGCAGGAACCCUUUUGUGAUAGCCAGCUGGCACCUGUGCAUCGCCUUGGGCUACACCAACAGCAGCCUCAACCCUGUCCUCUACGCAUUUUUGGAUGAAAAUUUUAAGCGGUGCUUCAGGGAUUUCUGCCUUCCCUGUCGGACCCACGUGGAGCAGAACACACUGACCAGAGGCCGCAACACCACCCGGGAACCAAUAUCCAUCUGCGCUCCAACAGAAGCGGGGAAGAAGCCAGCAUGA